UUGUGGGCUGGCACCGCAGAACCAGCAGAUCUGGGCUUCCCAGCGCUUUUCCAGUUUCGGGUGGAGUCUGCGUCUCGUCGCAUUUCUGCGGGCAGGGAGGAUUUCUCCUUUUGUCAUCCGUUUGACUGCUCCUUAUAGCCAGGACGUCGGAAACUCCCAAAGAUGACGACCACCACCACAUUUCAAGGGAUGGACCCCGGCGCUAAGAGCAGCUCCAGGGUACUACGGCCACCAGGCGGGGACUCCAGCAUCUCUUUUGGCGCAGAUGACAACUCGACCCCCCGCAAAAACAAGAUGGCAUCAAACAUUUUCGCAGAGCCUGAUGACCCCCAUGCCCAUCGGAGGAACAAUCCACCAACUGGAGAAGCUGCAGGAACCUUGUGUGGGGAACCCUCGGCCCCUUUGAGGCGGUGCCAGCAGCCGCUCCUCUUCCCCAAGAACCCUGAGCCGGAGCUGACCACCAUCCACAACUCGGGGGCCGCUUUGGUCUGGACCCAGAGACGAGAGAAUGAAAAUGGCCAAGAACAGCCCAGAGACGGAGUAGACUGUCCUGAGGAUGAGGAGGCGGAGCAGGACGAGCAGAGGGACACGCAACAGUCUUCUGCCCCAUCAGGAGGUGCCAAUAACGCCACAGGUUCCCGAAGAAACCCCCCAGGUGGCAAGUCCAGCCUCAUCCUGGGUUGAAACCUCUGCCUUUUUUUUCCAUUUUCUAUUUUUUAUUUUGUAUUUUUUGAAGAUCAUUACCCCAACAACUCUUUUCCCUCUCAACAACAUCUCACAACCUCCCCCUCCAGCAUUCCCGGCGCUCAUGUCGUCACGUCCAUGACCGUCCCGUUCUUCUCCUCGCUCUGGACUUUUUGUUUUUCUUUUUUUUUUAAAUCCCUUUUUCUAUUAAAAUAAGAAAACUGUUGGCAAAAGCACUUUAUGUAUCUUCCUCCCCUCCACUCCAUUUCAGCCCAUCCUGUAGCGCAUUGCGCCUGCUGGGAAAGGCACGACAAUUAGCUUGUCCCUCAUUCUCACCGGUUGUAAAUGGUAAAAGAAAAAUAUGACAGAUUUGAUGCGUGGAUUUCUAAAUACAAUAAAGAUUCAUAUGAAUUCA